AACGAUAAUUUGUAAUUUAUAUGAUUGAGCUCCCUGCAUCGUGUUAAAAAAUUUUUUUGAAUCUUUUGGAAAACUGCAAGUGUCUUGACUUUGCCUUUGUUACCUGCGGUCGACAAUCUCGACACUAAAGACCCUGUGGAUCAAUUUUGCAGCCUGCCAUCGACAGAAACAGGCACUGGUCAAUUGAACGUAUAAUCUGCUGUAUCAGCCAUGCCGGACCUGACAGAAAAGGAAAAGGCCCUGCGAGGAGAACUCUAUUGGGCAUUUGUGCCUGAGCUGGUUCGCGAUAGAAGACGCUGCCAGCAUGCAUGCAAGCGAUAUACCGACGCGGGCGAGGUGUCGCGACGACGAUUAGUUGAACUAUGGAGAGAUGUCGUCGACGACAAGACUCCCCUCCCUCCACCCGCUCCAACUCCCGAAGAAGACGAAGCACUCUUCGAAGAUGAGCCUUGGGUCGAAGGCCCUGUGCAUAUUGAUUACGGCACAAACUUACGAUUCGGGAAGAAUGUCUACGUUAAUUUCAAUGCCACCUUUCUCGACACCUGUAUCAUAUCCAUUGGCUCGCGGACCCUGAUCGGACCCAACGUGAGCUUCUACAGCGGCACCCACCCGCUAGACCCAGAGCUACGAAACGGUACCAAGGGCCCCGAACUAGGCAAAGAGAUUCAUGUCGGUGAGGAUUGCUGGAUUGGAGGAAAUGUCGUUAUUCUUCCUGGCGUUACACUUGGUAAGGGAGUCGUGGUUGGAGCAGGGAGCGUGGUUACAAAGGAUGUGCCACCGUUUCACGUAGUAGCGGGCAAUCCGGCCCGGAUCUUACGUCGCAUAGAGACGAAUAUGGACCCAGAGCACCGGAACCAAAAGGCAAAGCAUGUUGAUCAUGAAACGGCAAAAGUUCCAGAGAACGAAUUGACUGUACCCGCUGCGGCCAAAGAAGCAGAUAGUCACGUUUCGGGUGCAGAAGAACCCAUGGCUCAAUUGGCGCGACAGCUGGAUAAGAUGGAUUUUGACCGGUAUAACGACGCUUUCAACAAAGGAUAACGCACCUAAAUCUAAGAGAGGACGCUAUAUUCGUCAAUUUAAUCCCACCAAAUGCCAUGGGCAAUUUAUCAAUCCACGAAUCCCUUCGAUCGGGAAGGACUGAAUAAUCAAUUUCGCAGUCUUGCUCGUCGCCCAGCCAGAUUUUCAGCAUCUGAUCCUGAUGACCACCC